AAUGUGACGAGUCGGGAGUGAGAAGAGUUAUACAAACACUCAUUCUUGUCUUUUCUUUAGGUUUGUUGACUGGAUAGCACGAUAAACAUUGAAGAAAGAUGCCAACUCACUCGUUGCUGCCGUUUGUGGACAGCCCAGAUGGAACUGCCCCAGAUGUCCUGGUUAGUAACAAUGCAAGCAUCCCAGGACCUUGUUCCAGCCUAACACCACACAGUAGCUACACAGAGAAGAUGGUGCUGCAGUGUGRAGAGGGUGCACCACUCUCCUGUAUGUUCUGUGACCAGACUUUCAAUAAUCAGGAUGAGCUAGGCCCCCACGUGCUGACACAGCACCCCACUACAUUCUUUGAGCCGACAGUGCUUCGGAUUGAAGCAGAGUUCAAGAUUCCUGGAGAAAAGCCUGGACCCAGACCAGGCAGCCUGGCCACAGAAGGAGAGGAGGUUCUCAGAUGCAUCGUGUGUGGUCAGACCGCUCAAGAUGCCGGUGAGCUGGAGGCUCACAUGAGGAAGCACAAAGACUACUUUACAUACUGUUGCAGUGUCUGUGGACGGCGCUUCAGAGAGUCCUGGUUUCUCAAGAAUCACAUGAAGAUGCAYGUAAGACCAGGACCAAAAAGUAAGGCUCUGCAAGACCUGGAGUCCCCCUUUACCAUCAAUGGUGUCACUCAGGAACCUGCCUCAGAACCUGUUCCCACUGUUUACAAAAUGUGUAUGGUUUGUGGGUUCUUCUUCCCGGACCACAGCAGUUUGGCAGAACACAGUAAAGUACAUAAUCGAGAGACUGAGCAGGGAAAAGAUGAAGCCCUGGAUGGUGCUGUAGAUCAGGAGAGCUUUCUGUGCAGUUUGAACCUUCAGCCUGCCUCUACUGGUAGCAGUUUGAGAAAUGGCCAAUCAUCCAAAUGGAUCCCCCAGCUGGAUCCCUUUAACACGUACCAGGCGUGGCAGCUUGCAACAAAGGGCAAAAUAGCAGUUGGUCUCCAUAGUACUAAAGAUCCUGGACAGGAAGUCAGCACAGACAAUGAGGACUGUGGCUCUGAUAAGGAAGAGAUGAGUAUUAUCUGGUCUGAGGGUCAGGGAGACAAAGCUGUGAAUGAGGUCCUGGGGAGAGACCCCCGGUCUCAGCAACAGGCUGCUGUGGAAAGUCMGAUCCCACCAAAGAGAUCACUAAUGCAAAAAGACAAAGAACGGCCAACCACGUGUGAGGAAUGUCAGAGAACAUUCAGGACCUACCAUCAGCUAGUUCUGCACUCCAGGGUCCACAAACGGGAAAGACCAGAUGGAGAAAGYCCGACUUCUUCCUUUGACGUGAAGAUGUCAAGAAUGGACUCRAUGGACGCAGCAGAGGAGGGACACAAAGAGGAAAACUUAAUUACAGGUGAAGAUGAUUUUGAUCGAUCAAAGCCCAGAUCAAAAGAAUGCAAUUACUGUGGCAAAUCAUUCAGGUCCAGCUACUACCUCACAGUACAUAUGAGGACUCACACAGGUGAGAAGCCUUACAAGUGUGAAUAUUGUGAUUAUGCAGCAGCUCAGAAGACUUCACUGAAAUAUCACCUGGAUCGGCGUCACAAAGACAGACCUUACAUGGAGAUCCCCAUCAGACCUGGACCCUCACUGCCUUCUCUUCAUGACAGGACUGACGAUGACAGUCCUGCCCCACAUGGAUCCAAGCUCUGGGCUCCUGAAGGCAGACUGUGCACAAAUGAAGCACCUGAGGACAGGUUUGACAGCUUGGGUAGCAAGCUUGGCAGACCACUUGUCCAGGUGAACACUGAAUACGACGAUGCGCUCACGAAGUGUCCAGUAGCUGGUAACCUGAGGAAAGAGGAGGACAUGAAGGACGAGAACUCUGAGGUUCCUUUAAAUCUGUCUUUAAAUGUGUCCCUCUCUGUUCCUGCCGGAGGAGAAACCAAAUCUGCACUGAGUCCAGUUUCCUGCUCACUCUGUGCGUAUAGAACCCUGUACCCAGAGGUUCUGGUCAUGCACAGAAAGCUGACCCAUAAAGACAAGUCAGAGACCACCAGAAGGUCUAGGCUUGGAGGCGGUGUCAGACAGAACCGGUACACGGGCUGUCCCCCUGCACUCAAUGGGAAGGAUGUGGCCCCGCUCCCCCUAGCUGACAGGAGCUAUCCUCGCCGGACCAAGUCCCCGCCACCGCAGCCCGCUACACCUCAGACCACGUGUGUCAGGUCCGCUCAGGGUCCGAAGCCCUCGCCCUCUCCUGCACCUCAACAAAGUGUCCAGGAGACACAGCGGUACAGACAGAACGCUGACCCACAUCCCAGUCAGGACCCCCCCAGGUACACAGAACUCCUGAGGAGAAGCAGCACAGGAAACCAGCUGGUCCUGGACAGAACCAGUCCUCUGGACCGAGUGGGGCUGGUUGAGAGGACUUACCCAGCACCAAGCGGGGCGUUUUGGCACUCCGACGCUGCCCGGCUCUGUCUGACCAGCGGCUUUGGGAGCCUUCCUCAAGUGGAUUUUGGUGAACCUUCUGGCAAGAGACGGUUCUCUGUUCCUACAAGCAGGGAAGCAGAACCUGGUCCUGGUCCUAGAGGACCAGCGGGAGAUGGGACGUCGAUGUUGCAGAUCACAGGAAGAAGUAUAAAACCCAAAGCUUUAGGACCAGGUCCAUCCACAGCGUCUGAGGCUCUGUGUCCUGUAAAGAACAUGUCCACGCCUCUGGACAGAGGUCUGGAGUCGGAGUGGAGCAUGAUGACCCUCCUGCACUCCUGCACACCCAGCGACCUGGCGUCCCUCUACCACAGCACGCCAACAAACCCCGCCCACACAGGACUGGCCAACCCCAGAGCAGAUUUAUUGUGGGACUUUUUGUCAGGGAGCAGACCUCGACUCUACCAACAGCUGCCUGGUUUGCCCACCCUACAGAGGAGAGACCCCUCAGGUGUCUUCUCAAAUCAUCGUUAUGGGACCACCGACAAAAACUCUUCAGGUUCUUGAAUCAAGGAAACGGUGCUGCUGCCUUAAUUUGGACGACUUCAUAAAAACUGUUGAAGUUUUGGAUUGAGUAAGAGAGAGUGUCCUCAGAUUCUGUUUUCUCCUCUAAUUUAAUGUUUAUUUAACUGAGGAUCAUUUCAGGAUUGUGUAUUUCAUCAUUUAUGUUCAUUUAAGAAUGUCUAAUUUAUUUAUAAAACACCCUACACAGGUGUACACUGAAAUAAUCCUCUCCACUCAAAAGUGUUACUAAACCCAGGUGUUUGACCCACAUUUCUGUUUAAAUAUCAAGUCUGAGAAAAUAUUCUCUUAAGAUGUUGGAGAUGAGUUGGUGUUGUGUAGAAAAGUUGCUGCUUUGUUGUUCUGUUAAUGCCAGGCAGGACUUUUUAUUCUUUUUGUCUCGUCCAAAGCACAGUGAGACGUUUGUGUUAAAGUGUGCACCGCCGGCUGAUUGGUUUGCCAACAGRCCGCAGUGUUAAGUGCUCUACCUCAUGUUGUAGUGAACCUGUCCGUCCACCAGAGGCAGACGUCUGAAGGUGUUUCAGGUGUGUAGACGGACACAUGUUGGCGUGUCGCAGCGUUACACACAGGCUGUGCCACACAACUACUGAUGGCUGCAGAUUGGUUUGUUCAGCCUAGUUUUGACCACAGAGCAGAAGUUUACUUUGAAAUGUUAUCGUUAACUACGUGUGCCUCAGGCUCGUCGGCUGGAAGAGGAACCAGCUGGUUCUGCUGCACGUUCAGGAGCUUCCUUUUACCGCCCAGUCUUUAUCAGUAUUUUGUUGCAAGUGAAAGCGGUCACCAUGAAGUGAGCUUUCACACGUCGUGGCUGUGCAGUCUGGGACGUGAAAAAGACUUGAUGAAUGACCUGUUCACUGUGAAGAAAACUGGUCUCAGGUCGACUCGUUCACACAAGUCAGCUGGCUCAUUUAGUGUUUCUACCACUUGGAUAGGCUGGAGACUAAUUUUUUUCUUUUUUUUUUUCUUUUUGGUUAUUUUUUUGUUUGUUUGUUUAGUAUCAAAUUUGUAAACCUAGUGUAAAAAUGAAAGUAUUGUUUUGAAGUUUGUGACAUUUCAAUAAAGUGUGAAGCGAACAAUUCA